UUCAUUCCUAAAAAAAGAGAGAAGAGAGAGAGAAAAAAAAAAGUUUAAUUAUUUACAAAAAGACUUAGGGUUUACGUUAACUUCGUGAUUAAUCACUCCAUUAAAAUAAUUAUAUUUCAAGCGAAUAUACCAAAUGUGCCUCAUUCUCGUAAAUAGUACCUUUCGAGAUCUACUACAUGAAUAUCCAGAAGUCUGUGACAGUCAUGGAUGUUGAUUGUCCGAUCGUUAGUCUUAAACGAUCAAGCAGUGCUCCUAUGAUUAACGAAAUCAGUGCCACAAUGUCUGUUACCUCUCCGUCAACGUCUGCUCCAAGGGAUGCUGUAUCAACAUUUAAUGUUUUCUCCAGCACACCUCGCACAAGACGUUUUAGUACAAGUAGUCCCGGCAGUAUUCCUAGGUUAACUCCUCGCGUUAGUCAGUUAAGACAAGAAGAAUGUGUUGAUGUCGCUGGACGUGAAGCGGCACACGAAAAAGAAAUUCACAGUGCAAUGCAAAUAUCACAAUCCUGGGAAGAUUUAACUUUAGAAGCAGAAGGUUUGACAUUUAAAGAAUCUGAAUCUCCAACACAACAAUUAAAUAAAGGGGAAAAACAAAUAAUAACAGGAACAACAACAACAACAGCAGCAACAACAACAACAAAAAGGGUAUUCGAUCCGCUUAAUUUAAAUUUAUCAAGUGGCGGUCCUCCAUUGUGCUCAUCGCCAUCACCAACGAGGUCAGGCCUCGGUCAACGACAAUGUUAUUCACCGGGCAUUCAUAUGGUUAACUGGAAAAAUAGUUUAUCACCUAGUCCAACAAGAAAGGCUUUUGCCACGAGGCGCAGUUUGAGUCCAAUUGCAAUUCGUCCAAGUUGCCUUGGUCCAGUAAAGAGGAAAUUUGAAUUGGAUGACAAUAUUUCGGACCAACAUUUACAACCUCCGGCGAAACGAACCUCUUCUUUAGUCAUGUCUAAUAAUUCAUCAAGAUUAGAAACAAUGGCAAGUCCACUUCCAGGGACCAUAAGUUCGGUAGGAACACCAGAAUCAUUAUCGAGCGCCGAUUCGCCGAGUUUUUCAUUUCAAACUGUAGAUAGUCCAUCGCCAGGUCGCGUUCUUAUAAAUGGCGAUGAUCCCAUGUCUGAUAUCAAUGAUCAGACAAAGAUAUCAGAAAACGCUCAGGUUAAUCAAAGUGGUCAGUGCAAUUUUAGGUGAAUAUACAAAAAAAAACACAAAAUAAUAUCUGAACAAAAUCCCAAGAAAAAAAAAAAAAGUGAUAAAUAAGAGAAGAAAUUCCUGCAAACAAAAACUUGGAAAAAAAAAUCAUUGUGCUAAUUCCUAUCAAUGAAUUUCCAAUCGCCAAUAUAUUAACUACUACUUGCCAAUCAGUGCCACAUUAAUGGCGAAUUAAUCUAUUAAUCAUGAAUUUUUUUUUUGUCUGUGUAACUUUCGAUGCUUGUAAAAUCUUUUUUUUUUUUUUUAAUAGAGCUUAGAUUAGUGGAUUUUCACAAAAAACGAAACUUUAUCAUGCCUCGGUAAUUAAUCAAACGCUGAGAAAUUGAUCGAAUCGUGCGACUGUCAUUGUCUCACACAAAAAAAAAUUUAUGCUCGAAAAUUGCAAAAAUUCUUUCGUAAAUUUUUUUGGCAUAAACAUUUGUUUUUAAAGAAUUUUGUAAUUAAUGAAAAAUUAUCUUGAAAAAAAAAAACAAGAGACAAUUAGGGAAAUAGAAAAAAAAGAGUUUGAAAACAUCUUUUAUUUCUUUUUCAAAAAUUGGGGCGAGUUUUCAAACAAGGACUGAUUAUUUAAGCGUCGUAUAUAUAUUUUUUUUUGAAAAAAAGAGCCUCCUUGUUUUUCAAAACCAAAAAAUCUUUAUUUGUGUAUUUAUAAAAAGAAAAUCGGCCUCAAUAUUUUUUUGCCAAGGCCUUCCUAGUCUUUCGAUUGUAUCUCGAAUUUUUCAGUAUCGAUGGUUAUUAAGUCUCCAAUAAUUUACGAUUUAUCAAAUUGUAAUUUAUAAGUGCAACAUUGAUAACAAAAUGCAAGUUGCGAUAUCAAAGCAAAUUUGUAAUCAAUGGUUUUGUUUCGUUUUUUUUUUUCAAUUUUAUUUUCUAGAUCUUGGGAUGUUUGUUUAUUCUUUAUAUUUUUUAUUAUGCACUCAGCGACCGACAAAUUUUUUCAUCUCUUUAAUUAAAACCUCCCCCCCCCCUUCCCCCCUCUCUUCUUAUCGAUUUGGCGUGAAAUUUCUAAAGGACUUUUUAUUUAGUUUGUCAUUUAGAUGUUUCUUGUUUUAAAACGAAAUAAUUGGAAAAAAGAAAUAGAGGGAAAGAUCAAAAUUGAACAUGACCCGUUUUACGGGCCAAUACCAAAGUACAAGUAGUUUAAUAUGCCAUAUAAAAUAUUUCUAACUUUGUUUUCAAUGCCAUUGAUAACGCUGUAUUUAUAAAUUUGUAAAUAGAACGUCUUACCUUUCUUUUUUUUUUUUUUUUUUUUUUUUUUUUUUUUUUUUUUUUUUUUUUUUUUUUUGUUAA